AGCAUAAAACUUCCCAGUAAGACACAGGUUUUACAUUCACAACCAAUCGCUAGCUAGACUUCCUUUCUAAACACUGGAUUCCAAAUGAUAAGGCCCCCCAAAUAUUCUAAGAUUGGAGCUGCUUUACCCCGGGGAGCUUUCUUCCUGAGAAAAUGCCAACCACACAGAAAACGCUGAUGUUCCUGGCCGGCUUUCUUACAAGCCUGGGCUCUGUUGUUGUCAUCUGCUCCAUUCUCGGGACACAGGCAUGGAUCACCAGCACGAUUCUCUUUACAGACGAUUUCUCCAAUGGGACUAUUGUUAUCACCUAUGGGCUCUUUCGUGGUACGAGUUCUCAAGAUUUGAGUGAAGGCCUUCAAGAGCUGGACAAAAAUUUUGAAGUUUUAGGGAUAUUGAGCAAUUCUUCCCAGAAGUCUCUGCAUCUGGUGGCCAUCCUACUCCUGAUCCUGAGUCUGGUAGCUUCCGUGCUGAGCUCAGUGUUCACCUUCUACAACAGCAUCAGCAACCCUUACCAGACGUUCCUGGGACCUAUGGGCGUCUACACCUGGAAUGGACUCAGUGCAUCCUUUGUGUUUCUGACCAUGGUUCUGUUCGUGGGGAAUGUCGACUCCAACCAUCUCUCAGAAAAGCUGUCCCAGAAGCUUUAUCCAAAUGCCAUUAACAAGAGAACAAGCCACACUUAUGGAUACUCGUUUUGGCUCAUCCUGCUUGUCAUCCUUCUGAAUAUUAUCACCGUGGUCAUCAUCAUUUUCUAUCAGAAGGCCCGAUACCGGCAGAAGCAGGAGCAGAGGAAACCAGUGGAGUAUGCUCCGAGGGAUGGUAUUUUAUUCUGAGUCCUGUCUCAUAGCACACGUGCACUGUCUCUGCCAAACUGGCUCGCUCCUCUGGACACUGUGUGGCAGAGCAACUGUCAGGUGCUACAGCUUCUGGAACCAUGACACCAUGUCCUCCUUACAGAUGGUGCUUGUACUUUUCUCCAUGGACAUUCCCCUGAAAAGAGUUUUCACCUAGGAUCAGGAAAAUGAGUGGGAAAGGCUGUGGUCUGGAGUACUCCAAAAAGGGGUGGUCUAGGGCCUGCAGGCCCUUCUCAUUUGACCUUGAUAUCCACAGUAAUAAAGGUCUGUGGGGUUUAUGCCUUUCCUGUGAUUAGGUUAACAGACUGUAGCCCUUAUGACCUUGUCCUCUGGAUUGAUCAGGCAUUUCACUCCAUGAUAAGUAUAAAGACUUUUAGGUAGAGAAGCACUCUGAACUUGCUUUUCUAGUCAGAAGUUAGAUAUAGAAGGAUAAAGGAUGGGACAACCUUGUGUUCUGGUCCCUUGGCGGCUGUCAUGGCUUCCAGGCUUAGCUCCUUUAAUGAGGGCUAGACACUUGUGGAACUUGGGCCUUGGGAAACCCUGCAUGAACAGGUUAGAGGUAAAAUAUGGUCUCUUCCGAUAAAUAGGAAGUCAGCAAAAUAGCAAAGGCACCAAAAUUUAUUCUAUGUGUUUUUCUAGUACAACAUUUCCUUUAAAAAGUCUAAUUGGAAACCCUUCAGCCUUGACUAUCCUAUAGGUUGCCACAGUGAAAACUGACAGACCUGAAAAGUGAUCCCCUUUCAUGUGUUUAUCGAUAGAGUCUUAAAUCAGUAGCUCUGUGUCAAGUAGUGGAUCUUACAAAGCUCAAAGAUAAACGACCUUCAACACUCAGACUUAGAGAUGUGAGCUGGGUCCCACAAUGUCGGCAGCAGUGUGCUGGGCCCUCAACCUUGUGGUGUUUACUAUCUGGCAGACAAGACAGACACAUUUAAUAAGCUCUUACUUGACUCUAAUUAAAACAGCUGCUUAAGGUUGGGGGUCAUCCCUUCAUUGUAGAACACGUAAGUACCUAGCAUGUGACAGGCCCUGGGUUCCAUUUCCACCUCUGUAAAAAAGAAACAAACAUGUAAUGACAAAAUUGUGCUUGUAUUUUGAAAGGAUGAAUCUCUAUCACGCUCUACCUUGAAGACCUACUAAUUCAAGAUUACUCUUACCUACUAAAUUAUUAAAAGUUUACUAUGCUAUUUUUUUGUGAGUGUGUGUGCACAUGUUGUGAUGUGUAUGUGUGUCUUUGUGUAUGGAGGUCAAACAACAAGCUUCAAGAAUGGAUUCUCUCCUUCUACUAUGUGAGACCUGGGGUUCAAACUUAUGUCAUCAGAUUUGGUGGCAAGCACAUUUACCUACUGGGCUACCUUGUGGGCCUGCUACUAAAUUAUUAUAAAUUUGGGUUUGGGAAGCAAUGGCUUAGUGGGUAAAAGUGCUUGUCAUCAAGCCUGAUGACCCUGUCCAUUCCACAUCACAUACACAGUGAAAGAGCUGACUCCUGCAUGUUGUCCUCUGACCUCCAUGCAGGCAUUGUGGCAUGUGCAUGUCCAUAGACACAGUCAUACUUUCCUAUACAAUAUACAAAAUAAACACAUGAACAUAAAACAAAAUUUAAAAUGACUCAGUCAUGUUUAUCUGAAAAAUUGGGAAUAUAUUUUUAAAAUAUGAUUAUAAAUAUAAAAAGUUAAACUCUGAGUCUAUAAACACUUAUAUUCCUUGAAGGCUUGACUUUUCUUUUAGAUUUUUUUGAUAAUGUGACCAUGUAAUAAAGAGGAAACAGAUGUGGGUGCUGCCCAUGCCCAUGAUCCCAUCCAUCAGGGAUCAGAAGAUUGCCACAGCUUUGAAGUCAUUCUGGUAUGGUGGGAGUUCUAGGCCAGCGGAGCUUCAUAAAAAGACCAUCAUGGUUUGAAUGAGAAAUGUCCGCCAUAGGCUCAGGUAUUUGAAUACUUGGUCCCCAGUUGGUGGCACUGUUUAGGGAUGCUAUGUUACCUGUAGGGGGCGGAGCCUUGCUAGAGGAAGUAUGUCACUGGGGUGGCUUUGGAAAUUCAUAGGCUUAUCUCACUUCCUGUUUUCUCUCUCUGCUUCCUGCUCCUGGAGUCUGCCCUGCCAGUUGCCACCACAGCUCCUUGUCAUUGUAGACCCUCCUUCUGGGAUUAUGAGCCCAAAUAGACUCUUUCCUUGGAAGUUGCCUUGAUCAUGGUAUUUUAUCUCAGCAACAGAAAAACAAUUAAUACAGAUGGUCUUGCCUCAAGCCAGCAAGCAUACAAACAAAACCACGACUUUGUCUUGUGAUGAGGUAGGUUACAAGGUUCAUUCACAAGUGUAAAAGAAAAAAUAUUAAACACUAUGCUCACUACAUGUGUUGGCAUAUGACUUUGGGAAACUGAGGCAGAAAGAUCAGGGAUUCCAGGUAAGCUGGGCUACUUAGAAAGACACAUGAGGAUAAAAAGAAAAGUAAAGAAAUGAAACGAAAAAGGU